AUGUAUUUUUUUAAUAAUGAAAAUACUACAAAUGAAACCGUUAAUGCUUGUGGACACAUUUCCAAUGAUCCAGUCAGCUUUUGUCGCUCAAGGCCAUUUUCACAUGAAGUUAUUGAAUAUCUCAUAAAAAAAGGACCCUUUCAGCCCACUAAGGAUGAUUUGGUAAAUUGUGAAUUUCCAAAAGAUAAUUCUGGUCGGUCAUUCCAUGAAUCAUGGUACUGGAAAGAUGUACCGGGUUGUGCUCCAGUCAAACGUCAGUGGUUAAGUUACUCAAUAAUAGAAAACAAAAUCUUUUGUCACCCAUGUAUAUUAAUUGGGCGAAAUACUAAAAAAGCAUGGACAUUAGAUGGUUUUCAAGCAUGGUCAAGAGCAAUUUCCAGUAUAGUUAAUCAUGAAUGUAGUGAUGCGCAUAUUGAAGCAACAUUAAAACUUAAGUUAAAAAGUAUUUCUUUACCUUUGAUACCUGCAAUUCAAGAACAGAAAAAAAAAGAAGUUGCUUUUAACAAAGAAGUAGUCAAAGAUCUUAUUGAUAUAACUAUUUUUUUGGCUUCUAAUGGUCUUGCUUUUAGAGGACAUAGAGAAGGUUGGAAGGAUAGAAAUAGAGGUAAUUUCUUAUCACUUGUUGACUUAUUUUCAAAAAGAUCACCAUGUAUGGCAGCUUAUACUUCUAAAUUGCAAAAUUCGAAUAAAAAAUCCCAUGUUAGUUUUAUUUCUAAACUUAGGCAAAAUCAGCUGAUUGAUUCUGUAGCAGAAAGUAUCUCGACAGUAAUUCAAACAGAUGUUAAGUAUGCCAGAUUUUUCAGUAUAUCUAUUGAUAGCACUUUUGAUGCAUCCAGGAAGGAACAAGUUGCAUUCGUCAUUCGUUAUGUUCAUAAUAAAACUUCAAUUAUUUCAGAGCGUCUUAUAGCAGUUAAAGAGUCCUCAAAUACUACUGGACGUGACUUAUUUUCUCUAUUUCAACUAGUAUGUUCAGAGAAAAAUUUAGACUGGAAAAAAUAUCUAAUCGGACAAUCUUACGAUGGAGCUCCAAAUAUGAGAGGACAAUUUGAAGGUCUACGAAGCCACGUCCAAAAAGUAAAUUCAUCUGCUUUGUAUGUAUGGUGUCAUGCACACCGCUUAAACUUGGUAUUAUCUCGUGCAGUUGGGUGUUGCAAAGAUGCAAUGGAUGUUUUUGGAAGUUUGGAAUCAGUUUUUACAUUUCUUACAGCUGGAAAGUGUAGAGUUGAAUGUUAUGAAAGGCAUUAUAAACAACUUUAUCCUAAACAACAAAUGCGUCGGUUGAAAAGAGCCGCUACAACUCGUUGGAUGUCUUACUCUGUUGCUCUUGUCACAGUAUUAGACACAUUUGAAGCUGUUGUAGCUGCCCUUGAUGAAAUAAAAUCCAAAAAAGGUCCCGAUGAUAAAAAAAUUGGACAUCUUGCAGGGUGUCUAAGUGACUAUCUUUUAUCCGAGCGAUUUUUGUUGAUUGCUCAUUGUUUCAAAAAAAUAUUUAGUAUUCUUUCUCCAGUAAAUCAAAUUUUACAAAAAUCUGAUUUAGACUUGUUAGCAGCUGUGAAUUGCAUUGAAGAAACUC